AUGUCAAAGGCUGCAACAGAUAUCGCGCGACGGCCGGCGCUCUCACAUCGUCGGGCUGCCAGUUGCUACGAGCAUAUGCGAGUCUGUUCGUUGUAUGGCAGUUAUGACCAGCUACGGACACAGGGUGUAUCAAAGCCUCCAACAGCCGAUAUUACACCUCAAAAAAAGCAGCCUGAGAUGAGGCAUGAUUCCCCAAAAAUAGGGCCUUGUCAGGAAUACUACCGGCUAGCGUCCGGAUCACUGGAAGCACCCCAGGUCACGGACGUGCCAUGCCCCCGCACUUUACUUCGGAACUCGCGUGGUGACAGGCUCGAGCUUACUGAAGAGAUGAUGUCGGCCUACCACAUCCUGCGCGGACCUCGGCCCGUUAGCCGCAAAGGUCCUCUGCUAGACCAGAUGCAGACAGAUGCGGGCUUGUUCUCGUUCGGCGGAUCCGAGGUUUCCUCCAGCAGCGACUCCACGCUUGCUUCAUCAUCGGGGUUUUCCGGGUUUGUGCAUAACCUCAGCUCUCCAUUUCAUACUACCAUCAUCACUCCUCCGGACGAUGCUGAUGAUCGCUACUCCAACCUGUCUGACCGCACCAUAACCUGCAACAUCCGUCGCUCACCUGAGAAGAGAGCUGUCCUACACCAGCCAUUUAUCAAGACAAAAGGUCACGAGGUAAAGGCAGAAGUCAUUGGAGAUCCGUGGAAGUGCGGCCCUAUCGACACAUCAAGAUACAAGCUCCCUCCUGCAGCAAGCGAGAACAAGCCCCAGAACGGCGAGGACUGCAAGUGUGAUCUGCCUCCGUCAAUGAUCUCUCCGGAAACAUUUCUAGCGUGGUCCGAAGGCGCACAGCUCUGGGAUACGGACAUUUUGCACCAAGAAUCGCGUUCCAGAGAGCCAGAGAAGCCAGUUCGUAUGCGGCCUUCCACGCCGCUUCAGCUGCUGGAGAAGGGCUGUCCCGACGAAAGCACAGAUUCGAGGUCAUUACUUGCAUAUGAGGAGCAAUACGACCAGGAAGAUGGCGAGCGCAUGUCUCCGUACUACAAGGUCCCCUCGAACCCGUCGAUACUCUGGGAGUCUCGUCCCGUGACACCGGAGAUGAUGUAUCACUAUUUUCCUUACGGCGAGUUCGACCGCAUGGACCCAGUAGCUGGUCAGGCUUGCCGAGAUGCCAGUCUCGGUUCUAUUCCAAAGUUUGGGGUAGAAGACACCUCGCCAGUGGAUGGCGAGAUUUUCUCCGAGGGCGAAAUUGAUCAAGUCCUCAACACCCACCGCGGACCCAUCUUUGAUGACAUAACUGCUGCCAAGUACAAGGAGGCCAUCCGUACUUUGGAAGAGCACCUCACCUUCUCAGACCAGCAAGAAGCUCAACUGGAGCAGCAAAACAAAGUUCAGCGACAGCUUCUCCGAUCUCUCGAGCUCAAGCUCGCAUCUCUGCAGCCCAAUUCGACCGGAGACGGCAGCGGGAGCGGCAGUCCGGCCGUCAGCGAGACCGAGACCUGCUACUCGCCAGUCUCGGCGCAGAGGCGUGCGCGCAUUCUACAGCACAUGGCGACACGCCUGCGUGAGAACAUGUGGCAGCAUAACUGCCGUCGCGAGGCCAUUGCCGCCGCGUGUCGUGAGAACGCAUUGCUGCGCUUGCAAGUCGGGCAAGUCGAGGAGCGGCUGCGGGCCGUGUCUGCUCAGAAGGCUGCUCUCUGGGCCGGUCAAGAUCAGUGGCGCGCUCCAACCCCUGCUAGGCAAUAUUGGCAAUGGCAGUGUCAGUGAGAUCUCUCAAGUUAUCUUGCCUUGAUCCACAGGGUUACGCUGCUGCUGAUGGCGCUCUUCGCCUUUCAUUGUCAGCUCGCAUCGUACCUGUUUUCGAGAGUAUUCUUGCUCCUUACCUUAAUUCUCUGCCAAUUCGUGAUUGACAGCGGGAAAAUGGCUCCAAAGGGUGGUUUCAGAAAGUGAUCGGUUUGCCAAUUCUACCUUCCCUUCUUUUUAAAAGUUUUCUUCCUUUCCUUCCUUCUUCACUGUUGAUCUUGUUCUCAAAAGAUCAUUUCGAAACUGGUUCUUCAGCUUCUCCAUCGAACUUCUUUUGAUCUACUGUGGUUACUUGCUCCUUUUGAACUCUACCAGUCUUGUACCCGUACUUUACACCCUGAAAGACAAGGAUCCCGAGUUUUGUAUGAUAGAAGCUGUACGAAUCUCUGUGGUAUCUGCCGAAGCUGCUUGUUAUAUCGGAAAUUGUUCCCAUUUGAGGACGAACCUGGCUUCCCGC